GCCUCCAAAACUUACAAAUUUGGUUAUGGUGCGAUGGCUGUCAUCGAGUUUUAUUUUAUUAUUUUAGAAAAUAAGGAUAGAAGCAUUGAGUUUAAUUGAGGAUGAAGCUAUUUUCGUGAAUAAUGUACAUGUUUUAUAGAUUUCCAAUAGAUUUAAGUGUGACAAUCUCGUACCGGUAGUUGCUAUAAUUCAGAGAUGUUUAGUAAAUGAGCAUAAUAACUGUCGACGAUGGCGUCUGAUGGAGAAAUUUCAUGUACGACUGAUCCCAAUUUCGCUGUUAUUUACUCGUUUUUGAAAGUUUUCGGUAAACUGUACGGUUUGGAGAUACCUACGAUAGCCAAAUUGCAAGAACUAAUAGAGAACACACAAGAAGUGUUAGAUCCGUUAAAGGAGUUGCAUGUAAGGUUGUUACGAAGAGCACUAAAGUCUAUUCAAGUUAACCGUUGGGAAAGGGCUCUCAUAAAGUUUUGUCAUCAACAAAGAUAUCACCAGGAAGCUUGGGAAAUUGAGAGAUUUUCUUACAAGAAAGCUAGCACUCAGGUCAAGUUGAGAAUUUUGAAGUUACUCCUUGAAUACCAGUUCACAUGUCAUCCGAAGUUUAAGAAUGCUGUCAAUGCAUUAUCAAGUAAAGAGCUGAGAUUAGAUCCCAUUGGAAGGGAUAAAUAUGGUUGUGUUUACUGGCUGCAAAUAGACCAUGAAGCCAACCUGUGCAUGUACAAAGAAGAUCAGGAUGAGGAGACAUGGCAAUUAAUUGCUAGCAAUAGAGAAGAAUUUGUCAAAAUUAUAAGUCAAUUGAAAAGUGGUGAGCAGGUGUGUCAGCCAGUGGUAAAUGAAGAUUCCAGUAGUGUUGAUGUUCCAGCUCAAGUUGAGGUCAAUAAAUCAGAAGUUGAGGAAAAUGAGGAAGAAUUCCUAAGUCCUGAAUCUGAAUCUGGUAAUGAAAGUGAUGAGCCUAAAGUGGAGAAAUGCAAAGAUGAUAUUACAAGUAAAGAAGAAGAACCAGAAACUACUAAAGAUGAUGCCCCUAAAGAUGAUGCCCCAAAAGAUAUUGUUAAGGAAACAAUUGAAGAAAAUAAUUUAAUAACGAAUAAUGUAGAUAAAGUGGAAGAUAAAAAAGACGAUAUGACAAUAACUAAUGAACCUGAUAGUAAAAAGGAGGAAGAACAAACAGAAUCAAAUAUUUCUGAAAAAGAUACAGAUAAAGAAGAAACUAAAGAACAAGAAGUUGGUGAAGAGGUUAGUGAAGAAAUUGAGGAGCCUGUAAUGAUUAUAAAAGGGGAAGGUAACGGAGAGGAUUGUGAAAGUUCCUACUUUAUUGGUGAAGAGAUAUCUGAACCAGUAAUGUUCAUUUAUGGUGAUGGUUGGGGAUGUGAGAAUGAUACCGGCAACCCAGAAGCUAUAGAACAAGAGGACAAUACUGAAUUGGAAGAAAAUUCAGAUGUAGACAAUCCAAGCGAGGAAGUUUUAAAUGGAGAGCAUGCAAAUAAUGUUCCAAAAUCUAAUAGUAGGGUUAAAUUAAAUAAAAGUGCUAAAUUAAAAUAUAGUUUAUCAUCAGUUACGAAAAGAUCUUUAAGAAAACAAUCAAAUGAUAAUACAGAUGGAUCAAAAUCUGAUUCUAAAAAACAUUGUGUAAGAAAUUUGGAUAAGUCAAAUGGUUCAAACUCAAUAGCGACAAGUAGUCAAAGAGAAUUAAGGAGCGAUAGCAGUGUUCACGAAAAAAGUACAGAUUGUGAAAGCUCAGGUAAAAACAAAAUGAAAAAAAUCAUCACGAAAGUUAAAAAAAGGGAAGGAAUGAGAACAUUAAGGAAUAACAAAGAAAUAGUUAACUCAAUAUCUGAACCUGAAAGUCCUAGGAAUAGUAAAUCUAGUAUUAUAGAAAAAAGAAAAAGUAGCGUAUCGUCAGAUCAUGACGGUAAUGCUUCAGAAAAUGCAGAAAGUGGGAACGUCGAAGGGGAAGAAACUAAAGUUGAGGAUACUUUGCCGCCCAAAAAAAUACGCUUAGAAUCCACACCCGAGUCAGAUGAUGUCUCACAUUCCAAAAGCGAAACCAUAGAUAAUAUAAAAGACGAGAAUAUCGAAAACAAUGACGGUAAUACAGAAAACGACAAAGAAUCAAUAAUAAAUAGAAAGAAAAUAAAAGCUAAUAAGGGUAAAUUAAAAGGUAAAAAAUUUCUUCAAAACAAAAUAGAAAUUAGUGAGAUAAGUAAGGAUUAUGAUAAAGUAGAUGUAAGUGAUAAUAAGGCAAGUAAAGCAAUCAAGAGAAGUUUGUUAAAUAAAUCAAUGAAUGACAAAACCAGAUCUGAAUCUCAAAGCGAUAGUGAAGAUGAAGAACCCAUUAAGAGCGGAAAGAGAUUGAAAUUCAAACCAAAAAAGAUUGUCACCAAAUCAAGAAAAAAAAUUGAAGCUAAAAUAUUGGAAAAAUGUUCCAGUGAAUCAGAAGAUGAAACAUUGUAUAGUUUAGGUAAAAAAUCGGCAAAGAAAGUAUUAAAGAAGAAGCCUAAGGCGAAGGAAAAAGAAAAGACUACAGCAGCAAGUACAAAUGUGACAGACAAUGACACUCCAGUGAGACAGUCAAGGCGGAUAGCACAGAUGAAGAUAAAAGAGGAAGCGGACAGGAGGCAUCUUGAGGAGGUCACAUUGAGGGAGCUUAAGAUGAUACAUAAGAAGAAAAACAAGGAGGAAGAGGAGGAAUGGCAGGCGAGCGGCAGCAGCUCUGAGGGCGAAGCCCGGGCGCGGCGGUCAGCCGCCUGGCGCUCUGACUCCACCGGCCCCGAGCCAGACUCCGACUCUGACGAACCACUGUUUGAACAUCACGAAGAACCGGAAUUGGAGGCUCCCAGAUCUGAUCACGAGUUCUCACCAGAGUCGGACUUAGAGAGCGGGGAGCCCACCGCGCCUCUCAAAUUAGCGCGCACACUACAAGAAGGCAAGGACGAGGGUUUCUGCAAGCGGUGCGGCAGUGGCGAGCAGCCGGAGUGGAUCCUGCUAUGCGACCGCUGCGACGCCGGCUACCACGCCAGCUGCCUCGCGCCCGUGCUGUUGCUGGUGCCCGAGGGGGACUGGUUCUGUCCUCCGUGCAACCACGAGAAAUUAAUAUCAGCGCUGGAAGAAGAACUGGUGAAGUAUGACCAGCUGGUGGUUGCGGUGGCGGAGGAGCGCGAGCGUCGGCGCGCGGAACACCCACACUCCGACUCUGAGCAGGAACCUGACAAACCAGAACUCGACCACAAGUCAGAUGAUAAAUCCGAUGGCAGUGGCAGCGGCAGCGACUGGUCGUCUUCAUCAUCUUCGGGCGCGGUGUACCGGCUGCGCGCACGUCGCCAGCUGCCCGUCAGCUACCGUGCCCAGGAGUACGACCGACUCAUCAGCUCCGCCAUCAAGGAGGAAUACGUUGAGCCAACGACGAGCGCAGGCAACCAGGGCAGAGGGAAGGACAUCUCCACCAUCAUAGAAGCGGCAGAGGAGGAGAAGAUGAAAGCGGAAAGAGAAGCCAGAGAUCAGGGUGAGGUGGGGGAGGUAGGGGAGGGGAGCCAGAAGAAGCAGAAGAAGAAACGGCGUCGCAAACCGCGCAAGUUGAAUUCUCUUGACGUGCCCUCGGAGGACGACGACGAGACUGAUGAAGACUUCAAAGAUACUGGAAACGUUUCUAGCAUGGAAUCGUCAUCUGAAGACAUGUCAUCAUCAGCUGAACGAGAUUCCAGGUCUUCUGACUCGUUGCCCAUCAUACGCCCGGGAAGACCUGACAAGAAAGAACGAACAAAGUUAGAAGAUUCUUCGCCGGAAGUGAAGAAAAAGAAGAAAGGCCUUUUCGAGGAUAGCUCCAGUGAAUCAGCUGAUACUAAGGAAUUGCCCAAAAAGGCGAAGUCCCGCAAGCGAGGUGAUGGUCGUCGGUCGAAGCUGACUCAGUACGACGCUGCGGGCAACGUGGUGCGCGCACGCGUCACGUACGGCGGCCUCAGCGAUGGACCUGGACCCAACGACUGGUCGCCCAAACAUCGCACGCGACAGCGCAAGAUCAACUACACGGAGAUGCCCAACACAGAGUCGGAAGAUGAGAUGCACAAGUCGUCGGGCAAGCACAUGACGGACAGCUCGGACGAGUUCCGCGUCACCGACGAGUGGGACAACUCCUCCUCGGGCUCGGAGCGCGCCAAGCGGCGGCGGGGCGAGGGCGGGGAGGAGGGCGAGGUGGGCGAGGACCGCGCGGGGGAGGAGCAGCGCCGGCGCGCGCUCUGCGACCUCGUCACCAAGACUGCGGUCGUGCCGCUAGAGAAGCUGCCCGAGCAUGUCACUCGCGAGAAGACGGAGCAGCUGCACCAACAUCUGCUGGAAGCCCAGCAGGCGGAUCUCGCGGCUCGUCCGAUGCGAGGGCGGGGCGGCCGGGGAGGUGGUCGCGGAAGCAGAGGACCUCGCGGUGGGCGGGGCCGCGGCGGCGGGGGCGGGGGCGGGGUCAACAAAUCCUCGCCCUCGAGCGAUGAUGCACUCGCCAAGCUGGUCGGCGUCAAAAUUAAAGAUCUAAGAGAAACUGGAGAAAUGCCAAUGAGACCCAAUCAAGCGGAGAGAGAUAGAAAACGGCAGGAGCGGGAGGCGAAACAAGCGGAAAAGGAGGCGCGCCGUAUGGAGCGUUUACAGAAGAAAGAAGAGAAGGAGAAAUUGAAAGAGCAGCGUGCUAAAGAGCGAGAGGAGAAGAAACUCGCGCGCAUCGCCCUGCAGGAGAGCAGGCGAGUGAAGAGGGAGAAGGUGGAGUACAUGGCGCCGGUGCCUGUGGGGCCGGGGCCGGGGGGCAUGCGGCUGCCCACACCAGGCUCAGGCCCGCCCCCGCCCCACGGCCCGCACGACUACAGGGAGAGGUUCCCCGCCACGCCGCGGCUACAGGUUCGAGCGGAACUGCGGGGCAUUGCGAUGGGCGACGACCGCAUGCAGCUGAUGCACCGCCCCGAGCAGGCGCCGCCCAGGGAAGGCACACUGUCUGUGGCGGGCUCUCCGCAGCCGUUCAAGCCGGCGCCGGAGGAGCCCAGCCUCAUCACGCGCAUGCCGCACAUGCUCAAUCACCAGUACAGGGGUCCAAUGAUGUACUCUGGCGGCGCGGGCGGCUCGUCCGGCUACGGGCCGCGUGCACAGAACAUGAUGUACCAGCUGCACCCCGGCAUGAACCGCGCUCAGUACCCGCAGGGCUACUACCAGCACCUGCGCGCCAUGCCGCCUGCCUACCCCGGACACCCGCCCUCGCCAUCCGGCAUGCACGGCCCCGCGCCCCAGCACCGUCAGGGCCCGCCGCCACACGGCCCUCACGGCCCGCCCGGCUCCUCGCCGCACCACGGCCCACAUGGACCACCGGUUUCCUCUCCUCUGCAGUACGGCUCCGGUCCCCCUGGACCCCACGGCCAUCCGGGUUCCUCUGCAAUGCCACCGGGGGCUCCAGGAAACUUACACGGUUCGCCCGCAUCUUCCCACGGCGCACCUGGCGCCCACAAUCAAGGACCGAAUCAAGGACUUAUCCCACCGAAUAUGCAAGGUCCGCGUCCUCACAUGCCUCAUGCGGGAUCGCAUCCGAUGGGUCCCGGUCAUAUGGGUCCUCGUGGUCUUCAUGGACCGCAUAAUUCGAGUAUAAAUCCUCACGGCGCGGUGCCCGGCCCUCCCGGGCUCGGUGCUAACGGCUCUCUAGGUCCAAACCCUCACGGCCCUCUUGGAUCUAGACUUCACGGACCGCCGGGCAUGCACGGUCCAUCGGGCCACGGUCCACCCGGAGCUAAUCCGCUCGGACCUCGCGGUCCCGAAGACUCGAGUCCGCACAGACCGGGUCCGAGUCCUUUGAGCGCAAUGGCUCACAGUCUGCCACCCGGAUUAGGUCCCCAAGGACCGGAGGCCCAUGGUCCAAUCGGGCCAACGGCGCUACCUGUUCACAGACCCCCCUUCGCCCCCGGACCUCCCGGAAUUUCCGCCGCCGGAUUGCCACCAAAUUCCAUCCCCGAUCAGGCCGCAGUGGCGACUCGACCCGGAAGCGCCCCCCGGCCAGCGAGCACCGCCUCCCCCGGCCAGUCUCCUCACCCACCAAAUCUCACUCCGGGGGCAUCCUCCAGUCCUCCUGUGUCCGCCGAACCGCCCAUUCAAAUCAAAGCCGAAGUAAAAACCGAACCGGAGUAUCGAACCCCGCCUGGUUCCCCCUCUCAGCAUCCCCCGUCGCCGGAGCCCUUGCGGAAUCAUCCAAAAAUCAAGCACACCGACAACAAGGAUAGACGACCGCGAUACCCGCUGGGGCCCUACGCACCGCAAUACGGUCCCUACGGGCCAUACGCGCCGCCCGCAGCGCAGGCCCCGGACGCCGCGAUGAACCUGCAGGCGCGGCCGCAGCACCCCUCGCCGCUGCAGCGCAUCCACGCCAACAUGGCGCAGUACCUGCCCGCGCUCGCCGACAAGCCCGAGCCCUUCCUGCAGCACAUGCGACUGCCGCGCCCGCCCUACGGAGCGCCCCCGCCGCAUGCCUCGCACGCGCCGCCCGGCCCGCGCUACGCCGACCUGCAGCGCCCCGCCGCACCCACGCCGCCCCCGCAACUCCCUCAGCCCUCACCCGCGCCUAUGUCACCGGAAAUACGUAAAGACGAGUCGCCCAAAGUCACCGAGGAGGAAGAGGAGAGAGAGGAGGAGGGUGGGGACAGUCAGCCGAGUUCGCCGCCCGACACCAAGCCGGACUUCUCGAGUAUAGAUACUGCAAAUAAGAUAGAACCCCUUAAGGCGCCGGAGCACAUCAAAGUGGAGGCGGAGCCUGAGGCGGCGGCGGGGCCGGGGCCGGGGGCGCGGCCCGGCGCGCGGGAGGAGGGCGGCGAGUUCGGCGGUCUCGUCAGUUACUUCUCCAGCCAGCACGAGGACGAGCUGGACGCCUAGCGACAUACACACACACACACACACACACAACACGCUCGCGGUGUACAUAUAGACAUAGACAAUUAUAUUUUUAGUGUGAGUUAGACGCGGCGCGUGUAGUUUGGACGCAAUGUAUAUUAUAUAAAUCUAGAUCGAAAAAGUUAAAAAAUGAGAGUCUUUUUGGUCUCGAAUAAAAUGAUGUAUUAUUAUUUUUAUUUUUUGUUAAUUUCUAAGUGAGAUUUAUUUAUACAACAAACGAUAAGUACUUACAGUAUACUCUAAAUACGAAUUUUAUUAAAGAAUGAUAAUUUCUUUUUGCAAAAUAAAUGUUUUCUCUUAA